AUAAAAUUUCGAGAAAUUACUUAAAUCCCUUUAUUUGCAUUAAAACAUAUAAAACAAACGCAAAGUGUUUUAUUAUUCACAAAAUAGCAAGAUGGGUUUGAAAAAUCACACCCUUGUGCUUUUUGCCACCUUCACAGUUUUUUUUUCUGGUAUUGCUGCUAGACAUGUAGAUCGUCCCUCAGCCGGCAAUUCACUACUAAACAACCCAAAUAUUUUGACUGCAGUUUUGCAAAGUCGAGGGACUUCACCGAACCAAAUCCUUGAGAGACUCCUCUCAGCUGAUGGAAACAUUGAGGAGGCUGUUAAUGGUAUUAACGAGGAAAUUAAAACCGAUCUUCUCACAGUUGACGGUGAUUUAAUCCGAGUCAAACAAGAAGAAUUACGAAACUUGAUAACAGACGGAAUUAAAGCAACAAUCCGGGAGAAAUUCUCCAAAAACCCAUUCUUGGUCAAAAUCCUUGAAAAACGUUUCGAUGAGUUGUACGCAACUGUCCCAUCAGAUGAGCCCAUUGCCGUCCCAUUGGGCAAAAUCCAAGAAUUGUUAGAAAGGACAAGUCGCAGUAAACGUGAUGUUCAAGCACGUGAUUUUGAUUUGGGGGCGAUAAUAACCGAUAUUUUGGGUAAUACACUUCGUGGCCAAAUUGUGAGUCUUGUUAAUGGACUCCUUGAAGAAGUUAAGGCCACUUUACAGGGUUUGUAUGUGGCGACGCCCCCAGCUGAUGAUUUGAAUGCUGUUUUGACGUAUGUUGUCAAUACGCUUGUGAAACGGGCUUUAGAAAUUAUAACUGUUGUCCAAAAAAAUUUGGAUCAAAUUAUUAUUAUUCCACCGGUUAAUGGAACGGAAGUAGUGUCUCGAAGGAGGCGCGAAGUGGGGGAACCACUUGCAGUCACUGAUGAAGAAGGUGGUUUGGAUGUCAUCAUGAGGCCAAUACUUGAAUUGUUGGCUUCGAUUCUUACUCCAGUAAAUGAAUUGACUAAAACUCUUGUUGAUUCUGUUUUAAAUUCGCUUACUCCUAUUAUUGGAAGUUUGCUUAUAACGCGGAUAAGAAAUGUGGUUAUUGCGCUUAUUGAUCUUCUUAUACCAGCAAAUCCGGUUUAAGUUUUGUUAAAAACUUUUGUAAAUGAGAUGAAAUAAAAAAUUUGAUUGCAUAA